AUGGUGAAGUCGCUUGCCCAUGGAGAAUGUACAUGUGAACCCGAGGAUGAAGUGAUCGACAGAUCUUUGGCUCGAAAAUACAAAGUUGCAGCCAUAGCAGCUAUACUUGUGGCGGGCGCAAUCGGAGUUUGUCUUCCUAUUGCCGGAAAAUUUAUUCCAGCUUUGCGUCCCGAAAAGGACAUAUUCUUCAUAAUAAAAGCCUUCGCAGCAGGAGUAAUUUUGUCAACUGGGUUUAUUCAUGUGCUUCCUGAUGCCUUUGAAAACUUGACAUCGCCAUGUCUGGAUAAAAAUCCAUGGGGAAAAUUUCCGUUUACUGGUUUUGUUGCUAUGGUUUCUGCAAUUGGCACUUUGAUGGUGGAUGCUUUUGCUACCUCUUAUUAUAGUAAGUCUCAUCUGAAAAAUCAACAAUCCAUAAGUGCAGAUGAGGAAAAGGUUGGGGAUGGUGAGGUACAUGUUCAUACUCAUGCAAGUCAUGGCCAUUCACAUGGCAUGGUUUUGGCUGAGAAUUCUGUUACAUCAGAACUCCUUCGACAUCGAGUAAUUUCGCAGGUUUUGGAGUUGGGAAUUGUGGUCCACUCUGUAAUAAUAGGAAUUUCUUUAGGUGCUUCUGAAAAUCCAAAGACAAUAAGACCUCUAAUUGCUGCCCUAACAUUUCAUCAAUUCUUUGAAGGCAUGGGCCUUGGUGGAUGUAUUUCUCAGGCAAAAUUUAAGGCAAAGACUGUAGCAAUCAUGUCAACAUUUUUCUCACUAACAACCCCAGUUGGGAUAGCAAUUGGAAUUGCUAUAUCAAAUGGGUAUGAUGAGAAUAGCCCCAAAGCUUUAAUUGUUCAAGGAGUAUUUAACGCAGCCUCAUCUGGAAUUUUGAUAUAUAUGUCUUUGGUCGAUCUCCUUGCUGCUGAUUUUAUGAAUCCAAGAGUGCAAGCUAAUGGAAAACUUCAACUUGGAGUUAAUUUUUUUCUUCUUUUUGGAGCUGGUUGUAUGUCUUUCCUGGCCAAAUGGGCUUAAACUCACUUGUUUUAUUCUUUUUAAUUUGUAAUAUUGCUUAAUUAUAUUUCUCUUCUUAGAUUUA